GCGGGGUAACGGGAAAUCUCACCCGCUGAUGGAAGUCUGCACCGCGGCCGCCGCCUCCCCCGCGUCCGCGCCCCCGGUGGUGGUCCCGCUUGCCUCUCCCGCGGUGGUGGCCUCCUCUCCCUCUGCCACGGUGAACUGUUCAUUCUGCUGGGAGCCACAACGGGAUGUAUGUCAACUGUAAUUCAAACAGAUGAUACAGCACCAUGGAUCUCCACAAUAUCUCCAUUGGCAACACCUCGGUUGCCCAUGCUGCUCCUCACAGCCUCUGGGAGGUUAUAGCCAUCGCUACAGUGUCAGCCAUUGUCAGCCUGAUAACUAUAGUUGGUAAUGUCCUGGUGUUGCUGUCUUUCAAAGUAAACAGCCAGCUCAAGACUGUUAAUAACUAUUAUCUUUUGAGUCUGGCCUUUGCUGACCUUAUUAUAGGAGUUCUGUCCAUGAACUUGUACACGACAUACAUCAUAAUGGGUUACUGGUCUUUGGGGAACCUCGCAUGUGAUCUCUGGCUGGCGGUGGAUUACGUAGCCAGCAAUGCCUCGGUGAUGAACCUACUUGUGAUCAGCUUUGACAGAUACUUCUCCAUCACAAGGCCACUGACUUACAGGGCAAAGAGGACUCCAAAGCGAGCCGCCAUAAUGAUAGGUCUGGCUUGGCUGGUGUCUUUUGUUCUGUGGGCUCCACCCAUUCUGUGCUGGCAGUACUUUGUUGGAGAGAGAACAGUGCCUGUGGACCAGUGCCAAAUCCAGUUUUUGACAGAGCCUGUGAUCACAUUCGGGACAGCUAUUGCUGCGUUCUACAUCCCAGUGUCUGUUAUGACCAUCCUUUACUGCAGGAUCUACAAGGAGACGCAAAAAAGGACAAAAGAUCUGGCAGAGCUGCAGGGGCUCACAGCAGAGAAUGUUCCAGAGGGGAAUAAGCCACAAAAAACCAUCAUUAAUUCUUGUUUUCAUUUCACCAGGGAGCGACGAGAGCCCAGCCAGGCUUCCUGGUCAUCGUCAAAUCAAAGUAAUGCCACUAAAACUACCACAAGGUCAGAUGAUGCCUGGGUCAAAGCAGAUCAGAUCACUUCUUUUAACAGUUACACUUCAUCAGAGGAGGAAGAGCAUCAUGUUUCAAUAGAAACCCCACAAGGAUCCUUCAAAGAGGAAGGUGGACCCAGUAGUAAGAACGGCCAGGUGACUGAUUACACAGAGGACCAGUAUUUUUCCACAACCCCAAAGAAGAACAGUAAAAAGUGCAUCUCCUAUAAAUUCAAACCAGGCACCAAGGUGAAAAACAAUGAUCCCCCAAGUGCGACGCCAAGCCCACCCGAAGCACAACAGCCCCCCAAAAAUGCCUCCCCGUCCUCUGCCUCCACCACGUCCAAACCCAUUGACCCCGCCCUGAAGAGCCAGAUAACCAAGAGAAAGAGGAUGGUGCUGGUGAAGGAGAAGAAGGCAGCGCAGACCCUCAGCGCCAUCUUGCUGGCCUUCAUCCUCACAUGGACGCCGUACAACAUCAUGGUGCUGAUCUCCACAUUCUGCGCCGACUGCAUCCCCACGUCGCUCUGGCACCUGGGCUACUGGCUGUGCUACGUCAACAGCACCAUCAACCCCAUGUGCUACGCCCUCUGCAACAAGACCUUCCAGAAAACCUUCCGCAUGCUUCUGCUCUGCCAGUGGAGGAGGAGGAGGCGAGGAGAGGACAAGCUGUACUGGGGCGGACAAAACCCAAAUGUAAACAAUAAAAUGACUUGAUGUGGCACCGCAGUGUUAUAGCAGACUUAUAGAUUUAGUCCAUGUGUUGGAUUUCCUUGUGCUUGUUGACCAUCUUCUGCUUUAAGUGCUGAUUGUAUUGUUGACCUACACGUUGGUGGAAAACGAGCUGCGUAUUUCAGCACUUCAAUGACUUGUUUAAUAUUAUUAUAGGAAAGAUAUUUUAUGAAGCUGGCUUCACAUUCACACACUUAAAGCUAAAGGAAUCGGUUCACAUUUUAUCAUGUCUACCUGAAGAAGGAAGGCUGCAGAUUUUACACAUAAGUGGGUGUUUACGUUGCAACUUGCAAAGCAGCAGAUUUAGAUAAGGAGCUGUGGAGGCAGAAAAGAAAUUGAUGCUACGGUCAUCUCUGUGACUGACUUGAUCUCACUGCAUGAGCCUAUCAGCUGCCAUUUGCCAAAAAUACACAUUUUCAUCGGCUGUAUUUGAGUUCAUGGGUAAAAGUCUCUGACAGGAAAGAAAAGAAGUUGAAUUUGAUUAAUUAUUUGUUGUUCAAUAACAUCCACUUUCUGUUUAAAGUUCAUCAAGCCUUCCAAGAGUGUGAUGUCAAAUCAGUAGAGCACAUUUCAAUUCAAUUAUAAUGAUCACAUGUACAAAACCAAGUUUGAUAUAGUUGUGGCUGCAACUGCUCCUCUUAUCCAUCUUAGUUAUACUAACAUCCAGUACCAGGAUACAACUUUACAGAUCUGGGUCUGUUGAAAAUUACUAUUUAAAGAUGAAAUAUGCAAGGCCAUCUGUCUAGGGCGUACUAUCCAUUCACAACAUUACAAAAAGGACAUUUGGAUACACUGAUUAGUCAUGGUAUGAUGCCCACUGGCAAGUGUAGUAAAAACACAGGCAAUCUCUAUAUCAUUAAGUUUUGACACAGUAUGACAAAAAAAAUCACCCUUAAACCAAGAAGGAACCUCAGCAGGACCAGAGUCAGAGGUGGUGGUUGAUCCGCUGUCGUCGGGUUAGAGGAUAGAGAGAGAGAGAGAGAGAGAGAGGAAAAAAAGGACGGAACAGGGACUGCGAACAGCAAACAAGUUAUCAUCAGACGGCAAAAAUAAAUAAAUUACUGUAGGCUUGACGAGGCAAAAGCCCAAAAACCCAAAUCUGCUGUUACACUGUCAGAGAUUCUGGAGGAAAGUAAAGAGAGCGAGAGAGAGAGAGAAAGAGCAAGUACUAAAGGAGACAGAAAGUUAGUGAAAUGCAUUGAUGACAUACUGUAUGCAUGUAUAGGGAAUAAAAUAAGAAUAAAAAGGUUUAACUGAAUUGGUCCAGGCUUACCUCAGACUCACUUUAGACUUUGUCAAACAGGAAAAUUUUCUAUCUGAACUUGAAAGUGAAGUCUGAAUUGAAGGUUACUGAUGGCAGACAGCUGUUAAGCAGCAAGGCAAUAAUACGUCCUAAAAACUGAUGAGUAAGAGGAAGGAAAAUGGAAAUGUAUAAGAAUCUGAGUGAGCUUGACAAGAGUCAAACUUCGAUGGACAGAUGACCGGUCGGAUCAUCUCUACAACUGCUCCUCUUGUGGGCUGUUCCUGGUCAGUCGCUAUAGCAACUGGUCUAAUUAAGGAAAACUAAUGAACCGGCAACAAGGUGCAGUGAUGCAGCGGGUCCCGCGGGGCCACACCUCGCAACUUACUGGACUCAAAUAAACCUGUCAUUAACAUCUUGGUGCCAGAAACCACAGAGUAGCUCCAGAGAGCCUGAUGAAAUCCGUGUUUCUUUUUUAUCAUGGCUGUUUAGCCAGUUAAAUGGGAAGCUGCACACAUUUACAGUAUAACUAAUACAUGUUCAAGACAUCCAACUUCACCCUGUCUGCAUGUGUUUUUUGAGAAUAGAUAAAUGAUCUUUUCACCAACUGACACCUGGUAAAAUUCAUCUUACUGACCCCAAACAAGGAAGGAUGACUUUGUACAGAAGAUUUAAUUUCUAAUUCCACUUCCAAUAAUUCAAUUGCAGGGACAUCGCAGCUAUGAAAUUAUUUUUUGGGACCAAUAAAUUAAAAUCUGGGAGGCAAAUUGUGAUAACUUUGCCAUCUAAAAGCAUUUACCAAACAUCGCCUCACAACAGCAGCACGGCAGCCUUCUUCUAAUCAGAAUUCCAUUGAAGCAUGUAAUUAAAAACUGAACCUUUUCCUUUACACCUCUUAUACUCCCACUCACUACUGCUUAGUUGCACUGUAUAUACAGAAUGUAAUAUGCUUUUUUUUUUUUUUUUUAAUGUUUAAAGACCCUGUGUCUGGGUUUUUCCUUUCCCAAGGUACAGCUACCUUAUUUUCUUCUAAAUGAAAGACAGAAAUGAGGGUUUUAUAGAAGCGGGGGCACAUUCAACAUUUGAUUGGCAUUUCCACUUGCCCGUCACUCCAGAUAUGCACUACACACCCCCGUCAGUAAAGCCAAUAUGAAAAGCCAGGGCUGCAGACGAGACGUCAGCAAGAGCAGCAUUUGCACUUCUGUUGGAUGCAGAGUUAGUGAACAUCUCGAAGCGCAGAGUGAAUCCUUUACAUGGACAGGAAAAAGAGAGAAUUUGAUGUUACAAUAUUUUCUGAGCUAUGUGGCACAGGACAACAAAUAACUAAAUAGAAAGCCCAUAGACGCAAGAUAAUCACUGGAAAUGUAUUUUUCAUUUCACGGGGUCUUUAAAAAUAAUUUAUUGCAUAUAAAAUAUAUUUUACUGAUUUAAUUGGGAUUUAUUUUUCUUCAUCUGGCUAAUAUUGUGCGUGAAUUGCUUUGUGUAUAUUGAUGUGAGAAGAAUGCUUAUUUCUCUGUUUUCUCUCUUGGCUCUUGCGAUUGAUAUUUGAGCUUGUGUUUUAAGGGCUACUCUGUACAUUUCUGUGUAUUUACAGCUUGUUGAGUUCAGCAGUGGUAAUAUAAUGUGGGAUUUUCAAUGGAUCACACGACCGCCCUCGUUCAUAUUCAUGUUACUGUAGAAAAAAAAAAAAGAGAGGGAGAGACUUUGUAGACAUGUAAUUGAAGGCUGGCAACCCUCUUGUUUCUCUGAUGGAUGAGUGACGCCGUUGUAAAUUAUUGCACUUUUGUCACCUACGAUGUAACGUUCAAUGUAUCUCCCUGAACGUUGUGCCUUUUGUUCUGCACUUAGUGCUUUGUGAAUGAACCUGUGCUCAUUUUCUGUCUGUGCCGCUCUGUGAAAGUGAGUCUGUGUGUGUACUGAUAUGAACAGUGAAAUACAACAUGCAAAAAGCAGAAA